AUGGGAGUAGCUGAGCCGGGCAGCAAGUACGACCACCACCAAGACCAAGACCACCACCACCUAGACCACCAAGACCACCUAGACCACCACCACGCGCCCCUGGGAGACACGAGCGAGCAGCGGCAGGAAGAAGAGGUGCAGCCGGCGGAGAGGCAGCAGCGGACCGGGAGGCGCACGUCCCUCCUCCCCGAGCGGCAGCGGCGGGACACGCGGAACGUGAGCGAGACCGGGAGCGGGAGCGGCGAAGCGCGGGCCGCCUGUGGGAUGCGCACGAGCCUGGCGGCGUCGAAAGAGGCCACGGCGAGGAAAGCCACCACCCCGAUGCCGCCCUCGGAGUUCCUGGACAAGCUCAUGGGCAAAACCUCGGGUUACGAUGCCAGAAUUCGACCGAAUUUCAAAGGUCCUCCGGUGAACGUAACCUGCAACAUUUUUAUCAACAGUUUUGGGUCCAUCGCUGAAACAACAAUGGACUACCGGGUGAACAUCUUCCUGCGGCAGCAGUGGAACGACCCCCGCCUGUCCUACAGCGAGUACCCCGAAGAGUCUCUGGACCUGGACCCGUCCAUGCUGGAAUCCAUCUGGAAGCCCGACCUCUUCUUCGCCAACGAGAAGGGCGCCAACUUCCACGAGGUCACCACGGACAACAAGCUGCUGCGCAUCUCCAAGAACGGCAACGUGCUGUACAGCAUACGAAUAACACUGAUCCUGGCCUGUCCCAUGGAUCUGAAGAACUUCCCGAUGGACGUCCAGACAUGCAUCAUGCAGCUGGAGAGCUUCGGCUACACCAUGCACGACCUGAUCUUCGAGUGGGAUCAGAAGGGAGCGGUGCAGGUGGCCGACGGGCUGACGCUCCCUCAGUUCCUCCUGAAGGAGGAGAAGGACCUCUGCUACUGCACCAAGAACUACAACACGGGUAAGUUCACCUGCAUCGAGGUGCGCUUCCACCUGGAGCGCCAGAUGGGCUACUACCUGAUCCAGAUGUACAUCCCCUCGCUGCUCAUCGUCAUCCUGUCCUGGGUUUCCUUCUGGAUCAACAUGGACGCCGCGCCCGCCCGGGUGGGGCUGGGCAUCACCACCGUGCUGACCAUGACCACGCAGAGCUCCGGCUCCAGGGCCUCGCUGCCCAAGGUGUCCUACGUCAAAGCCAUCGACAUCUGGAUGGCCGUGUGUCUGCUGUUCGUGUUCUCCGCCCUGCUGGAGUACGCCGCCGUCAACUUCAUCGCCCGGCAACACAAAGAGCUGCUGCGCUUCAGACGGAGGCGACGGCACGAGAAGGAGGACGAGACCGGCGAGGGCCGCUUCAGCUUCCGCGGCUACGGCAUGGGCCCGGCGUGCCUGCAGGCCAAGGACGGCAUGGCCAUCAAGGGCAACAUCAAAGCGCCGGCCUCCUCGGCGCCGCCGGAGAAGACGAUGGAAGAGAUGAAGAAGCUCUUCAUCGGCCGCGCCAAGCGCAUCGACACCGUGUCCCGCGUGGCCUUCCCGCUCGUCUUCCUCCUUUUUAACAUUUUCUACUGGAUCACUUUCAAGAUCAUCCGCAGCGAGCCCAUCCACAAGUAGUGGCAGUCGAGGGGGGGGGCGGAGGAGGAGGAGGAGGAGGAGAGAAAAAGAAUGAGAGAAGGAAACAAGAGAUAUCAUUGCCCCCCCCACCU